GCUUUUCCUGCUGGAAACAUUCCAUUUGGGAUUGGGCAAAGGAAAGACAAAAGUGGUUGAGCUGUGAACUUGGGGAGACCUUUGCCAAGAGUUUAAAAAGAUGACAACUUUGGACUACAGUAUCCCGUCCAACACGUUCACAGGGCCUCCUUCUACUCUGCAUACAGGUACUAUAAAGCUGGAGAACGAAGAAGUGGAACGUUAUUUAUCCCAACUGCUUACAGAGUCUUGCAAACCCCUGGCGGAAGAGGAAGUCAAGAAACUCUGUGACAAAGCUCGAGAGUUUUUUAUUGAAGAGUCCAACGUGCAGCCCGUUAGUUGCCCAGUAACUGUUUGUGGUGAUAUCCACGGGCAGUUUCAUGAUCUCUUGGAACUAUUUAAAAUUGGCGGUAACUGUCCAGAAACGAACUAUCUUUUCUUGGGAGACUAUGUAGAUAGAGGAUAUUACUCUGUAGAAGCAGUAACUGCUCUUGUUUGUUUGAAAAUUCGUUAUCCACACCGUAUCACUAUUUUGAGAGGUAAUCACGAAAGUAGGCAGAUAACUCAGGUUUACGGGUUUUAUGACGAGUGUCUUCGGAAAUAUGGGAAUGCUAAUGUUUGGAAAUAUUUUACGGACCUGUUCGAUUAUAUGCCACUAACUGCUCUUAUUGAAGGGACUAUAUUCUGUCUGCACGGUGGUCUUUCUCCUUCUAUUGACACUUUAGACCAAGUACGUGCACUUGAUCGUGUGCAAGAAGUACCUCAUGAGGGACCAAUGUGUGAUCUUUUAUGGUCUGAUCCUGAUGAUCGCUGCGGAUGGGGAAUAUCACCGCGUGGCGCUGGUUAUACAUUUGGCCAAGACAUUUCAGAGCAGUUUAAUAGGACCAAUAACUUGGCCCUCAUCGCUCGAGCUCAUCAAUUAGUUAUGGAGGGCUACAAUUGGUGUCAUUCACAAAAUGUAGUUACUAUAUUUAGUGCUCCCAAUUAUUGUUAUCGUUGUGGUAAUCAAGCCGGCAUUAUGGAGCUUGAUGAAUAUCAGCAAUAUACCUUUUUACAGUUUGACCCUGCACCUCGUCGUGGAGAAGCUCAAGUGACGCGGCGUACUCCUGAUUACUUUUUAUAGUUUUAUUCUAUUUUCUUUUUUUUCGUGGAAUGCCAUAAAGCAGUCUUUUGAAGGAAUUGGGCCCUCCCCGUAUUUCCACCACAAUUGAGUGUUCU